GAUCGUUCUUUCAUCCAGCAAAAAUGGCCGCGGUCGGACGUUUAUCCCAGAAGCUCCUGAAGUCCGUUGCGCUGACCCAAACCCGUCAGCUUUCGGCUGCUGCAGCAGCUCACGGUGAACAAGCAGCCAAGACCUGGAAGAUCCUGUCAUUUGUGGUGGCACUGCCUGGAGUCGCGGUGUGUAUGCUGAACAUGUACCUCAGGGCUCAACAACACCAGCAUGAGCAGCCCGAGUUCAUUCCCUACAGCCACCUGCGCAUCCGCAGCAAGCGCUUUCCAUGGGGUGAUGGCACCAAGAGUCUCUUCCACAACCCCCACGUCAACGCCCUCCCUGACGGCUACGAGCAUCAUGAGUGAAGGCUGUUAGCUCUACCUGAACUCCCAUACAGGGACCAGAGGGCCCUCUGUCUUCCCUCUCAUUUCCCUGGACAUCUGUCCAGGCCUGGACCACUCCUCAGUUUUUUUCAGUUUACAAGACAUCUGUCCAUUAUGUUGAUUUUACCUCUGAGCUUUCCACACCUAGUGGAAAUACCUCAUGGAAACAGUUACAUUUGCUUAAGGACCAUUGUAUCACAUUGUCUGCUUAAACUGAAAUAAAAAUCCAUUAAAUUAUAAA